AUGCUCACAAACCCUUCUGCUGCUGUGCAAGCUUCCAAGGUAGCCCUUGUGCAUAGUUGUGCUCAUGCUCGCCGAAGAUCUGCUCCCAUUCCACUUAAGGAGAAAGGGCUGAUCAUAAGACCUGAGAUUUGCUUGACUUAUGAUGUGCUAUUAAGAUCCCUUUGUCAAGCAGGCCUUCACAAUUCAGCAACAUUAAUAUAUAAUUGUAUGAAAUCUGAUGGGAAAUUGCCUGAGAGUAAGCUGUUAGGAUUUUUGGUUUCUUCUUAUGCACUGGCAAACAGAUUUGAUAUGUCAAGGGAAUUACUUGCUGAAUCUCAUUCCAAUAAGGCACCUGUGAAUGCUAUUGUUUAUAAUAGCUUGUUGAAUGUAUUGGUAAAUCAAAAGAAAUUAGAUGAUGCUGUUUGUUUACUCAUGGAGCUUAUGAGAUUGCAAUGUCAUCUAGAGACCUUCACUUUCAACAUUGUAAUGCGAGGUUUGUGCAGAGCUGGGGAAAUCAAUGAAGCUUUUAAGUUUCUCAAUGAUAUGAUUAGCUAUGGUUGUCAACCUGAUAUAGUUACAUAUAACACUCUUAUACAUGGUUUAUGUAUAAAUAACAAAGUCGAUAAAGCACGCGAUCUACUAAAAGAUGUUUCUUCAAAAACUGAUUUUGCCCCCAAUGUUGUAGGUUAUACAACAAUAAUAUCUGGUUAUUGCAAACUGGGUAAGAUAGCAGAGGGAACUUCUCUUUUUGAUGAAAUGGUUGAAUCUGGAAUUAGGCCUAAUACAUUUACUUAUAAUGUGCUUAUUCAUGGCUUUGCUAAGAUGGGUGACAUGGCUUCUGCAGUAGCCAUGCAUGACAGUAUGCUUUUUCACGGUUGUCCCCCUGAUGUUGUUACCUUCACCUCGCUAAUUGAUGGAUAUUGCCGAGCUGGGCAGGUGAAUCAUGGCUUGGACCUGUGGCAUGAAAUGAUUGCAAGAAAUAUUUCUCCGAAUUUGUAUACAUUCUCUGUGCUUACUAAUGCACUAUGCAAGAGCAAUAGGCUACAAGAAGCUCAUGACAUUUUGAGGCUAUUGAAGCAAAGUGAAAUUGUUCCACAGCCCUUUAUCUAUAAUCCUGUUAUUGAUGGAUAUUGCAAAUCUGGGAAUGUUGAUGAGGCUAAUGCAAUUGUACUAGAAAUGGAGAAGUGCAAACCUGAUAAGUUGACAUAUACCAUUCUUAUUGUUGGAUAUUGUAUGAAGGGAAGAACACGUGAAGCAAUUGGCAUCUUUUACAAGAUGUUGGAAGCUGGUUGUUCCCCAGAUGACAUUACUGUUAAAACUUUAUGCUCCUGUCUUUUGAAGGCUGGAAUGCCUCGUGAGGCUGCUCAUAUUAGGAAAAUUCUAUUUGAGAACCAAAGCUUGGGCUUGUCACUGGAAAGAUCUUAUAAUGAAAAUAUAAAUGCAGAUAUGCCAAUUCUGGUUUAUUGAAGUUCUAGUUGCAAUUAAACUCUGCCUUGCAUCAUUUUCCCCUGAGAAAUACAAUCAUCUUGUUGCAUGUCACUAUUUUUGUAGAGAUUGUCAAGAGGGGAACUUGAAUUGCCAAUCCUUCCAACUUUCUGCUGAUUCUUUUGAACUUGUGGGUAAGUAUGCUUCCCCCCGCUUACUUGUUUUGAUAAGCUAACUGUUCAAAUGAAUGCUGAAUUUUUAUCUCAUCACAAAUUGGUUAUGUUUUACUAAUAUAUUUAUUUGUUAUUCUUCUUAUCAUAUAGUGAUAUUUGAUUACUAUGUUCAUUUAAGAGUUCAUUACUAAAGAGCACACCGAAAUAUUGAACUAUAAUUGAAAGAAAUGGAGAUAAUUGUAAUGUGGAAUGUUAAUUCUUUUUAACCUCACUGUUUAAAAAUUGAAGCCAUGCUGGAAAUUUACAAUUAUAUUAAUAGUGAGGAUAUGCAGAGAUGGAAACAUGUGAAAAAUUGAGCAGGAACGAAGUUUUUAGGCCUACAAUGUUGGUAAUAGUAAUGAUGGGAGAUGGUCGCCGAUAAAAUUAAUCAGCGCUGUUCUAACCGGAUCAAUAGCUAAAUGCGAUGAAACUAUAAGGCACUAAACCGAGAAAAUUAUAUUGAAAGGACCAAAACUGAAAUUUGAUGCAACUAUAUGGACCACAUAGAUUCCUUCCAAAACUUUUCUAAAGUUGGUUAGAUACAUGAUACAAAGAGAUGGAAGCCUAGGGUCCAUUUCAAAGGGCAUUUAAAGGUGUUAUACAGAAGGCUACUCACUAGUCUACUAUUUGUUAAUUGGAAAUGCUAUCCCUUGAUCAAAGAAAGUUUUUCACCCAGGAAUUGUGGUAGCUCCAUGGUGUAACAUGACAAUUGCCUUGCUAAUUAUGAGUAGGAAAGCUCCCAAGUUGUAGAAUUUUAUGAGAGCUCUGUAAUUGUGAUAAAGAAGACAAACUUAGGGUUAAAAAACUAAUGGAAGCAAGAAAAGCCCAUUCUCUUGGAAUCACUUGCGCUCUCCCACUCUGCUUAGUACUUAGAAGUAUUUGUAAAUUCAAAUCGACUAAUAUUCGUAGUAGGUUAUUCGAUUGCAGAAUAAAAAUAAUGCAGUUGAGUUUCUGAUCUUUGUUCUCUAAAUUUGUACACACCAAUCAAAUUUUGCUCUCAAACUAUUUUGGUUACGCCAUAUACAAA